CAGGCUGACUGGCCGAGUAGAAUUUAGUCAUGGAACGAUUACUUGGUCAGCAGUGCUUGUGCUCUGCAUAAGAUUCAGGAAAUUCUUUAGGCCUGUGGUUGAACUUGGCUGGGGGACACACUAUUGGAAAAUUUUGAGUCGGCCUGCUAGUCCAUCCCAGCCCAGUCCAGCCCACAUGCUAUAGUUGGUAAGACGCUUCUCUGCUGGAUGUUCUGACACACCCCAGUCUGCCUCAGAUUAAAGGACUGAAAGAUUUAAAGUUUGAGAAAGAAGUAAAGUCAGGAGGUACAAGAGGAGCAAUAAAUAUAAGAUGACACAGGAACAGUACUUGACUCAACGAAACAACAUCCAGACCUCAGAAAACCAAUAUGUCUACAAAGUUGGGAUUUACGGCUGGCGAAAGCGGUGCCUUUAUUUGUUUGUCCUCCUCUUGAUGAUUCUGCUGUUGGUGAAUCUUGCUCUGACAAUAUGGAUCCUGAAAGUCAUGAAUUUUACGAAAGAUGGCAUGGGGCAUCUAAGAAUCACUGACAAGGGUCUGCGGUUAGAAGGACCAUCUGAGUUUUUGCAGCCUUUGUAUGCCAAAGAAAUCCGAUCCAAAGCAGAUAGUUCUCUUUACUUGCAGUCUUCUAGGAAUGUUACAGUGAGCAUCCGCAAUAGUGAGGAUCAGACAGUUACGCAAUUAAAUACAGGAAGUGAAGCUGUAGAAGCACGUGGAAAGAGGUUCGAAGUCAACUCAAAUACUGGGAAGUUAUUGUUUUCCGCAGAGGACAGAGAAGUGGUUGUUGGUGCUGAUCGUUUACGAGUCUUAGGUGCUGAAGGGGCUGUGUUUGAGAGCUCUCUAGAAACACCACAAAUCCGGGCCGAACCAUUUAAAGAGCUAAGGUUAGAAUCACCCACACGCUCGCUUAUACUGGAGGCACCGAAAGGAGUCAUUAUUGAAGCAGAGGCAGGUAACAUGGAAGCAGUUUGUCGAACGGAACUGAAGUUGGAAUCCGAAGAUGGUGAAAUCAGUUUGGAAGCCAGGAAGAUAAAAUUACCCAGACUACCUAUGGGGUCGUACACUUCCACACCGUCUGCUCGACAGAACAUCUUUGAGGUGUGCGUCUGCCCAAAUGGAAAACUAUUCCUGUCACAAGCAGGGGUGGGUUCUACCUGUCAAAUAAGCAGCAGUGCCUGUCUAUAAAGGGGAAAUAAAAAUAACUUACAGAGGGACAAGAUCCACAGGCAUCACCAACGGGCAGGUUCCGACCUUGCAAAUGCGUGGCCAUUUCUGCAUGGUACCAGCCUGCCGAACACUGUGGAAAAGGCCUCUUGAAUGGACUCUGUGCUGACUGAUUUCAACCCUGUUGUUUCAGUAUAAGGGAUAAAAAUGAAACAGUAAUCAUUUAUACUGAGACAUGUUCCUAUAACAUCUCUGUUCAAAGAGGGAGAAAAACAAAAGUAUGCCUUUGCCUUAACUGAAUGCACUCAGCAAGGAAAGCACAUUAUUUUUAAGUUUCAUGUGUGUAAUUGGGAGUGCAAAGAUUACAAAAUAUGUAAACUGAUCAAAAUCCAUUAUGGAAGUUGAACCCAAUAAUCAUCAGGUUAUGGACUGUAGAAGUUUUGGUUGUGUAUAUUAGGAAGGAAAUGAAAUAAUAUAGAAGAAGGUAUAACAAAGUAAUGGUUGUUUAUUUUCUACCCUUAAGGUACCAUAAGGUAGUGUGAUGAUGGGUGUCAGUAAUCACAAUAAUCCCGUUUUGAGGGAUUUUCUUUUGUGGUACAUCAAUGUACUCCAGUUAUACUGUUCUUUUUGAAGUCUAACAUCAUAAAAUAUUGAUCAAUUAAUAAAUACUUCACUUUUUAAUCCUUUUUUUGCAAAGUUUGUUGAAUUAAUCUAAGAUGAUCAUUGAAUGCAGUACUGAGGGAGUACUGUAUUGUCAAAGAUGCCAUGUUUUUAAUGAGUUAUUCA